CUUUGUGCCGGUUGCAACUCAUCAGGGCAGAUUAAAUAUUGCACCUGUCAGCAUCAACAUUUUUUUUUCCCUAAGCUAAUUUGUUUUAAGGUAAUGUAGUUAAGUUUGGAUGAGCAAGGGUAGUGCUUUAAUUAAUUCGAUAUUCCCAGUGUGAAGGUUGCGCAAUUUGGAGCCACACAUUGGACACUUCCUUAAUCUUUCUGAACUUUGAUCUGGGAUCCCCAGUUGGACACAGACCAGCAAACGUGCCCUAUCUCAGAUCACUUCAUCUUUCAGUCCCCUUCAGCUUCUCAGCAGACUUGCGUCUGAACAUGGACCUGAGUACCGUUCUCUUGUUCCCAGUACAUGCAGUAGUGUGGCUGUACUCGCUCGUGAGUUUUCUACCAUGGUACUUCCUGACUGGAGCUCAGCAAAAGAAAGCCCUGGCAAAGAGGCUCAAAUCCAAGUCAACCACCGGUCAGGCAGAUGGGCCGUAUCGUUCCCUGGAUCGCUUUGACUCUCUCGUCACGGAGGAUUUCGCUGGAAAAGACACCCUUGAUAAGCUGUUCGACUAUGCGGUGGAGCGUUUCGGUAAAUUCGACUGCCUGGGAACCAGAGAAGUUCUGAGUGAAGAAAAUGAGACUCAGCCGAGUGGGAAGGUCUUCAAAAAGUUAAUUCUGGGAAAGUAUAAAUGGAUAUCCUAUGAGGAGAUGGACAUUCAGGUCAGUCAGUUUGGGAGCGGACUGGCAGCACUAGGCCAACAGCCAAAAAGUACCAUUGCGAUUUUCUGUGAGACACGGGCAGAGUGGAUGAUUACGGCUCAGGCCUGCUUCAGACGCAAUUUCCCAUUGGUCACGUUUUAUGCAACUCUAGGAGAGGAGGCAGUGACUUACGGGUUAAACGAGUGUGGAGUUACACACCUGGUCACCAGCGUGGAACUGCUGGAAACCAAACUGAAGAGUGUUCUCCCUCAAAUUCCAAAUCUGAAGCACAUCAUCUACGUGGAUAGGAAGGGCAUCAGCGCAGCAGGAUAUCCACAGGGCAUCCAGAUCCACAGCAUGCACUCUGUGCAAGAGCUGGGCGCCAAGCCAGAAAACUUGAGCAGACCCAUAGUGAAGCCCAUCCCGUCAGACCUCGCUGUUAUUAUGUACACCAGCGGCUCCACCGGCAGACCUAAAGGGGUGAUGAUCAUUCACAGUAACCUGAUCGGGGGCAUGGCGGGACAGUGUGAGAGGAUACCAGGAUUGGGACCAACAGAUACGUAUAUUGCCUAUCUUCCACUUGCUCAUGUGCUGGAAAUGACGGCUGAGAUCUCCUGCGUGACAUACGGGUGCAGGAUCGGCUAUUCCUCACCACAAACACUUUCUGAUCAGUCAACCAAAAUUAAGAAGGGAAGUAAAGGGGACUGUACGGUGCUGAAACCUUCUCUAAUGGCCGCCGUACCUGAAAUAAUGGACCGAAUCAAUAAGAACGUCAUGAGUAAAGUGCAGGAGAUGAGCUGUGUACAGAGAACACUGUUCAAACUGGCCUACGACUACAAGCUCGAGCAGAUCAAGAAUGGUUAUGAUGCACCUCUGUGCAAUAUCUUGUUUAAGAAAGUCAGAGCUCUGCUGGGUGGAAACGUACGGAUGAUGUUGUCCGGAGGAGCUCCUCUGUCUCCAGCCACUCAGCGCUUCAUGAACAUCUGCUUCUGCUGUCCUGUUGGUCAGGGUUAUGGUCUUACUGAGACCUGUGGAGCGGGAACUAUAACUGAGGUUGCUGACUAUAGCACAGGACGAGUUGGAGCUCCACUGAUCUGCUGUGAGGUCAAACUCAAAGACUGGGCAGAAGGUGGCUAUACAAAGCGUGACAAGCCUCAUCCACGUGGUGAGAUCCUCAUCGGAGGCCCUAAUGUGACCAUGGGCUACUACAGGAGUGAAGCCUGUAACAAUGAGGACUUCUUUGUGGAUGAGAAUGGUCAGCGGUGGUUCUGCACUGGUGAUAUCGGAGAGAUGCACCCUGACGGCUGUCUUCAGAUUGUCGAUCGCAAGAAGGAUCUUGUGAAACUUCAAGCUGGGGAGUAUGUCUCUUUAGGCAAAGUUGAGUCAGCUCUGAAGAACUGCUCUCUCAUUGACAACAUCUGCGCUUACGCAAACAGUGACCAGAACUACGUUAUCAGCUUCAUUGUUCCUAAUCAGAAGAAGCUGACAGCUCUCGCCAAUCAGAAGGGCAUUGAGGGCACAUGGGAAGAGAUUUGCAACCAACCAGUUAUGGAAAGGGAAGUUCUGAGAGAAAUUACAGAAGUUGCAACAUCAAUUAAACUCCAGCGCUUUGAGAUACCAGUUAUGGUCCAUCUGAGUCCAGAGCCCUGGACCCCCGAAACGGGCCUGGUGACGGACGCGUUCAAACUGAAGAGGAAGGAACUAAAGAACCACUAUCUCAACGACAUCGAAAGAAUGUAUGGCCACAAGUAGGACCUCUAUCACAGCCAAAGACAUCUUCAUCAGCUCCUCCCCGUGCAGCGUUGCUGUAUAUCAAUAAAUGUUCAAUACUUUUUGCCACAACGUUCACCACUGCCCAUUGCUUAGAUACGCGCACAAAUUUUCCAAGACGAACAAUGUUGAUAAGCCGUCGGUCUGUGUAUUUUUAUUCCUGGGCUUUGUGGGCUUUGCAUUCGGAGCUCUGUAGUCUCUCUGCUGUGAAAUGGUUUACAAUUAAAGUCGUAGCCGGUUAACUCAAGACCUGUCAGUCGCCACUAAUUCCUCCUUUUAGUAUACAAAAGGAGUCUCUUGUAAAAAGGAUUUCAUUCAUCCCACAGCGAUAUACUGCCAUCACCUUGCAGUUUCUUUCUUUUUUUAUGUGUGAAACUCUUUUCUUUCUAAAACUGUUUGAUUGUUUGGUUUAAUAGAGCUUGAAAACAGAAACUGUUAGCUGAGGUGAAGUCAUUGCACUGCGAAAUUCCGCCUCCUCUUUGAGGCAAGUAAUAUAUAGUGACGUUUCUGUGCCUUCUGAUUGGUCACUGUUUUAAUGUCGAUUCCUUAUUGGCUGCAAAUUAGAUUCCUGUGCUUCAUUCAUGCAGUGCAUUAGGAGUUAGUGUGUUUAUAAUGGUUACAAACUAUGUUUCUGAGAUAUAAAUUUUUUUUGUAAUGAAAAUGUCACUGAAUUGCAAUGUUUUGAGUACUAAUUGACACAUUUACUAGUAAACACAUGCUCAUUGACUCAGGACAGUUUGAGAUGACUGGCAAGUGGUUUAUUGCUCAUUUGUCCUGUUUGUUUGACUGAAUUUAAAUGAAGGGAACAUUUUUAGGAAUAGCACCACAUUUGUAUCAUCUUUACCACUUAUUUUACUGUUCCACUGUGUCUGAUUGUCACAAGCUCUUGUCUGUUGUAAAUUCCACUUCUGGAGGCUAUUAAUAUAUUUGGUAAUAUGUCAUUUUAACAGUCUUCAAUACUUGAUGUGUAAAUCUGAAAAGGAACAAAGUUUGGAAAUUCAAACCAAUAAUAUAAAUUUUGGAGGGUGAGGUACCCUUGUCAGUCAGUCAAUAUUGUAUACUGUAUUUUAAUUUAUUUGGUUAAAACUAUACAUUUCUUUUUAACCCUUGUUUAAUUUAUUUGUUUUAUUUUUUAAAAAGUAUGACCUGUACAAACA